AUGCCUCCAAAAAGUUCCUCUGCCAAGUUCCAACCGAAGGACAUGGUGCUAGCCAAGAUGACGGGUUUUCCCGCAUGGCCCUCCUUUGUGAUGCCUCCCGAGAUGAUAUCCGAGGCCAUCAUGAAGGCGAAAAAGAAAACCACGAAUACAUGUGUUAUAUUCAUCCCGGAUGGCGACUUCAAUUGGAUGAACGAGAAAUCUCUUGAGAUCCUCACCCCCGAAAAGUUGAAGACCAGAAUUAGCAAGCUUCCUAAAGAUAAGUUGAAGCCCAAGCCCCGGAAGCAAGGAAGUCGCACAAAUAAUGUUGGAGAAGCUUUGGUAGCCGCCGACGGCUUGGUGUUCGACGAAUUCAUGCAAGAAUUGGCUGACAACGCUCCCAAAGAUGAAGAAGAAGAGGAGGAAGAGUUGGAGGAGGAUAUUGAGGAUGCUGAUGCCAUCGCGGACGCUCCCGCCGGUACUAAUGCUGGCGCCGAUGCUGCGGAACAGGAGUCCGCUUCAUCGAGAAAACGCAGGCGUAAUGCACCAGUCAUGUCUGACGAUGACCAAGAUGAUAGCAAUCUCAACGAUAUACCCGAGAGUAACAGCGAUAACGAGAGUAUUUCAAAGCCUCUUCAGACUCCUAAUGGUCGUAGAAAGAGCACUGACAAUGGGGCCUCGACCAAGAGGACCAAGCUAGAAGCUACCAACGGGCAGAAAAGGCGCUCCUCCUCGACACCGCAAUCCAAUGCAAGCCAUACAAAUGGGAAGGACAAGCUGGUUAAAAAGGAGAACGGAACCGCCUCGCCCAAAGUAAUGUCUGAGAAAGAGAGGCAGCAUCACUUUUGGUUGUGCAGAGUGAAGCUACAGCGCUCUUUAAUUCAGAGAAAUCAAGCGGCAACCCCUAAAGAUCCCAAGGCAUUUCCUCCACCUACAGCAGAUGAAUUGCUGGUUGCAAGGUUGAUUUUAAAUCGUCUCGACUUGUACCCAGUGGACGUGGAAUUGUUGCGAGAUACUAAGAUCCACAAAGUUUUAAAAUGCAUUCUCAAGGACGAGGAUCUCGCUUAUCCAGAUAGUUUCCGUCUCCACGAAAAGUGUGAGGAGCUAUUAAAGAAAUGGAAGGAGCCCAUGGAUCAGCUCAAGACUGAGAAGCUGUCUCGUGCCUCGGAGCCCAGUGCCGAACCAAAACUUGAAGAUGAGUCUGUCCCUGCUACUGCUGAUUCCACGACCGUCUCAACCGAUGCAACUUCUACAUCCAUCGCUACUGAAAGCAAAUAA